AUGGACCUCCGUCGCUCGUCCUCGACGAGGAUGAAAAACCUCCACCUCUUCGGCCCCAAGCGAGCCAUCGGCAGUAGGCACUCGUUCGCCAGAGUCUUCGCCGCCGCCCUGUGCGUCCUCCUCGUCCUCGCCGUGGCCAUGCGAUCCGAUUCCGUGCUGGCGCCCCGUCACCUCUUUGCCGGCAAGGGCAUCAAGUCGACCCGUGCCAAGCAUCGGCCCGUCGACGACGCCGGCGACGACGACGACGGCCCGCUCCGCCUCGCGUCCGGCCGCCGGUUGAUGAACUGCUCCGUCGACCUGCCCCAUCUUCGGGAGCUCCAGCGACGGCACGGCCUCGCCGACAAGAUCCAGUACAUGCGCCGCUACGUGAGCUUCAGACGCAGGGCCGGCCUCGCGCGCGCGCGCAUGACGAGCCUCUCGCAGAAGCUCCUGACGGCCCCCCUCGGCCUCGUCGACCUCAACCAGCGCCCCCCGGCCGAGGAGGAGUGCCCCGAGCCGCUCGAGGUCGACGUGCCCGUGUCGGGCCUGCCGUCGACCGUCAACGCCUCCGACUUCAUCUUCGGCGUCUCCACCUCCUACCAGCGCUUCAUGGAUCCCGAAAAGUCGCCCGUCGACGACUGGAUCUUCUGGCUCACCGACAACCGCGGCCGCUCUAACGGCGCCAAGCUGCUGCUCAUGCUCCUCGACGCCACCGACGACGAGCUGCAGGAGGUGGCCAACCUGCUCGGCGACGUCGGCAUCGACGUCGACCUCUACCACUCCGACGCCUCCCUCGAGAUGGCCGUCCGCUACUUCAGCCUCGUGCCGACCCUCGUCACCCACAUCGACGCGCCCUCGAAGAAGUGGUUCGUCACCUGCGACGACGACACCUUCUUCCCCAGCAUGCACGGCCUCGUCGAGAGGAUCGGCGCCCUCGACGACACCAAGGAAAUGUACGUCGGCACCCUCUCCGAGGACGUCGGCGCCAUAGAGCGCCACGGGUCCCAGGCCUUUGGCGGCGCCGGCGUCUUCCUCUCCAAGCCCAUGGCCGAGAGGAUUGCCGCCAUGUACGACGCCUGCACGACCGAGGAAAAGGUGCUCGAGUCCAACUCGGGCUGGGGACCCCAGGGCGACAUCCUGCUCCGCAAGUGCAUAUACGAAAACACCGAGACGCGGCUGACGACCGUCUGGGACCUCUGGCAGCUCGACUUCAUGGGCCAUCCCGCCGGCUUCUACGAGUGGGGCAUCAAGCCGCUCUCGCUGCACCACUUUCGCGGCUGGCACAAGGCCAAGCCGGGCGAGAUGGCCAAGAUCGCCCACACCUGCGGUGAGGACUGCACCAUGAUGCGCUUCCGGACGGCCGACAACUUUGUCCUGUCCGGCUACUCCGUCGCCCACUACCCCGAGGGCCUGACCGCCGACUUUGACCAGCUCGAGGCCACCCUCUGGCCGGCGCCCGAGAACAAGGGCUGGAACCUCGACUUUGCCUUUGGUCCUCAGCGCAAGUCGCUCGAGAGGACGGGCCGCAAGAUCAGCUGGGAGCUGCAGGAGUCGGCCGUGCAUUCCGACGGCUCCGUCGUCCAGACCUUUACCCGGAAAAAGGACGAUUCCCGUUGGGUGGACAAGGGCGGCCGGCCGAUGAGUGACUCCGACGGAGUCUUUGAGCUCGUCUGGAUCCCCUCCUCCUCGUAG